AUGAUAUCGGGAUCGACGACAGCAGCAUCGAAACCAGCAGCAUCAGCAACAGCAGCAUCGACAACAGCAGCAUCGAAACCAGCAGCAUCGACAACAGCAGCCGUCCUAGAAAACGUGCACGAGUCAGCACGGAGGAGCGAAGCGAAGUUCCGAUCCGCCCACCGAGUGCUCGAGUCCAACAGCGUGCCCAACCGCGUGCCCAACCGCGUGGCCAAACGCGUGGCCAAACGCGUGGCCAGCGUGUUGUCAGGCAAGCCGUCCAAUCCGGACAAGAAAAAGUCAUUUUCCACCAAUCAAACGUCGCCAAACCAUGUCGGACAAGCAUGUCGAAAUCCGGUCGAAAUUCGGGGCAAAAGAGAGAUUCCGCGGAAUUCUAAUUUUGCCGGUGCGGAUUCCGGUCGGAUUCCGGCCAUCCUAUUCCUGGCAAAGAGCGGGCACGGAACCUCGCCCGAGCGGCUGUAG